AUGAAAAAGGAAAGAAAAAAAGGGUGCCACUGUGGUGGUUUCUGUGACUCACCUGUGACUGAAAGAGUUAAGCAGUACCCUGGAAGAUAUAUGGCUCUGAAGUAUUUGGCCGAACAUGCAUUCGAAAAUCCAGCAUCAGGAAGCGCGGCGUAUUUCGAAAAUCCAAAGUCAAAGUGCUACCUGAAAUGUUUCUUCGAGCACAACAAAUUGUUCCAUGCAAACGGUGAUUUUGACAUAGCCGCGGCACUCGUGCUGGUCGACGAGUCAAUUCGCGAACAGGCGAGACCAUUGGGGGAAAAAUGUGCGGGCGAGCACAACAAAAUUGCGGAUAGAUGCGAGAAGGCGUACGAAGUGAUGAAGUGCUUCUUCAAGGCAUCUCCAGAGCUCUUCCCACACCUGGGAAUAUUCGAGCCCCCUCACGCCUGAAGAUCAACGACGCGAAUAAAACAAAAACACUGAACAGGAUUUAUCGAUAGUUCUCGAGUAGCAGCCUGGAAUCUCUUUUUUUAUUUUAUUUUCUUCUUAUCUUCAUUACUUAUUCUGAUAACACGAUGAUGCUGAUAUGAUAUUUUGCCCUCUAAUUAUACCCAAGUAAUAAAGUAUAUUUCAAAUUCAAA